AUGACUUAUACAAUUCUUGUUAUCGGCGCGACAGGUAAUACCGGCAGAAGCGUUGUCCGUCAUCUCCCUGCGCUCCUCGAGUCCAGUAAAAAUGGUACCUACCGGGUUCUCGGUCUGACUCGCUCCCUCUCUAGCCCCGCCUCCCAGAAGCUUGCGAGACUCCCGCAAGUCGAGCUGCUAGAGAAGGACUGGACUAACAUCGACGCCGCUUGGCUCCGUGACCAGGAGGUUACCCGCGUCUACAUCGCCUCACAUAACCUGCCGCAGCAGUUUGUCGAAGAAUCAGCCCUACACAUUGCCUUACUGCACGCCGGCGUUAAGUACGUCGUUCGUGUCUCAACAAACAUUGAGUAUAUUGGGCCUGCGAACCCUGUAUACUACGGUCGCACGCACUGGGCUAUCGAGAACCUGCUCAGUCAGCCGGAGUUCAAGGAUCUGCAAUGGACGUCGCUACAGCCCAACUUCUUUACAGCAAGUUACCUUGCAUCGGCAGCGGAAUGGAUCAAGGAGUACCGGAAGACUGGUAAACAAGAAACGUUAUCUAUUACCUCUGCUGCUGAAGCGGCUGUGGCAAUGAUUGACCCUGAGGACGUUGGUAGCGUGGGCGCGCAUCUCCUCGCUAUUGAGGAUCCCACGCCACAUAACCAGGCUAAGUACGUCCUCAGCGGCCCUGAAGACGUUACUGGGAAGCGGAUUGUUGAGGUGGUCGAGCAGGUGGCAGGAAUCGGGGUUGAAAGUGUGGCAUUUAAGGUUACGGACUGGCUCAACGAAUUGGUGGCGACAGGGGUGUAUCCAAAAAAGGUUUUACCGUCGAUUAUGGCUGGCUUUGAGCCGCUAUGGGAGGGGAGAUGCUCGCUUGCUAAGACGCCGACAAGCAAAGCAAUUUUGGAACUGGCGCCGCCGAAGCGAAUGAUCGUAGAUGCAUUGAAGGCCAUGUUGGAGAUAUAA